GAAAUGUGUUCAGGUUUACAGUUUAACAUAUGCUGUUUUCUGACAAAGUGUUAUUUAUGUAAAAUAUAUAUUAAUUAUAUCGGAGCAUCAUGAUCAUCGGUUGGUGUUUCAUCUGUGUGUUUGCAGUGCUGAUAAACAAAGUGUCUCUGGAUGUCAAAGUAGUGGGUUUUACUGGCAGUUCUGUUGUCCUGCCGUGUUCUUCAAUUCAACAUGAUCUUAAACCUCAAGACAUGCAUGUGCUUUGGAGAGACAAAGACAGUGAGACUAUUUAUGAUUUAAUUGAAGGUAAAGAUUCAUUAGAGACACAGGACCCACGUUACAAGAACAGAGCGCAAACUUUCCCAGAGGAGUAUGAGAGAGGAAACUUCUCCAUCAAACUCAGCAAUCUCACUCAUGCUGAUGCAGGAGAAUUCAACUGCUUCAUCACACACUCAUCUUAUUCUAAUCAGGAGACUGUAUGGCUCUUCAUUAAUGAAUCAACAGUAGAAACUGGAAACCAAUCUACUGAAGAAGAAAACCAAGUACCAGAAACACAGUCAAACUGGAUAAAGACAUUAUUAAUCUGUGUUUGUCUUUUAACUUUAAUAACUUCAAUAAUUGCCCUGUCUACAGUCUAUUUCAAAUUUUGCAGGAACAAAAGCCAUCAAGCUCCAAUAUAGAAGGAAAAGUGUCAUACUGAAGGUCCUGUUGUGCACAGCAAGUGUCAGCGGCAUCUGAGCAGCCCAUAUUUUCCGGCACCCAUGUUAACAAAUGAGUGUUCACAUCAGAAGUGAGAGUGGCAUGUCAUGCACAAUCACAUACUCUGUUGUAGAUUCUCUCUCUCAUUAUACUCUUGCAGAAAACAAUGACAGAAAACAAUGUGCACUGCUUGUUAUUGUAUAACAGAAUGAGAUCUUGAAACACUUGAACAGUGUCAGUCCUGUCAAUAUGUUGCUGCCUUAACAAUUCUGUAUCACAAGUGUGUUCUCAAAGUAAAUGUAUUUUGUAUUCUUUAUGUAUUUCUUGAUUGUUAAUAUUAUUACUGCGCAUCAAUUAUUAAUCUGAUUCAUUAAUUCCUAGUUAUACAUCAGCCAAUGUAAUUAUUGUUUUCAUACAGUGUGCUUAAAGGUAAAACAGGGUGCUCGUGGUUGAGAUUAUUAUACGGCUCUGCAGACUGUUGUUAUUUGGAACAGUUAUUUGGAGGAAGUUAUUUGGACAAGGUUACUGAAUCUUCUUAAACUCAACACAUUUCCAGGAGUGGUUUGCUAAAUUAAUCUUUUCCUUUUGAAAUUUUUAAUUGAAAGUAUUAUGAAUGCCUCUCUCCCUUACAGUUACUCAAAGCCUUAUGCUGCUUCCAACCCCAAUAUGUCUUAAUAAUAAUUAUAACCCUUACACCUUUGUUUUUAGUGUCUUAAGAAUGUACAAGAUGCUAUAAUAGAUCCCAGUCUGUUUUUUGCUGGGCACAUUUCAAAUAUUAAUACUGUUAGACAUUGUUGCUUUGUCAGAUUUGAUUUCAGGUGAGACCUUUGUUUAGUUUUUAGACAUUUAUAAAGUGUUGAAUUCUU